GCAAUUCCACCGCCGCAAGGAACACCGGCACCCCUUCCGGAGGAAUUUAGGGAGGUUAUGAUACGCGAGGGAAUGACGGGGGGGCCGAUAUUGUUGAUUCAGAAGAGGUUAACAGCAACUGACUUGAAAAAGGCUCAAAAUCGGAUGUCAAUGCCGGUGAAACAAGCGACGGAAGAUUUUUUCAAGUUUUUGAAACCCUCGGAAGAAGCCAUUGUCAAUAGCGAAGCGGGAAUGACGGUGCGCCUGAUCGAACCCUCACGGGAUGUCUCCACCGUGGUUUUCAAGAGAUGGAAAAUGGAGAAGACAACGGGGAGGACUAGCUAUAUGUAUGUAUUCAACGGAAAGGGGUGGGGUGAUGUUAAGAACAAGAAUGCGCUAAGGGAAAGUGAGGAAGUUCAAGUCUGGGCGUUUCGUGUUGGUGAUCAACUUGCUCAUGCCCUUGUUAGGGUUCCCUCAUGAAUAUUGUUUUUUUAAAUUAACUAUUAUUAAAUUAACACUAGUAUGUAUAAAAUUUCUAUAAAAUCUAAAAGAAGAAGAAGAAAAGGGAACUUCUUGGUAUCGUCCAUCAAUUUUUAUCCCCAAAAGGAGAAGAAGUCUUGAAAAUUUUUGGUCUGUUUGAGGAAUUCUUUUGAUUGGGAUAAGUGAAAUGCAUUAAAAUAAAUUUGUUUAAAGUUU